AAAUUCGAAAAGUAUUUACCUAAAAAUCUAACAAUGUAUCAGAAAUAAGGAGUAGUCAUUUAAGGAAGAAAAUAAUUCUAAAAAGAUAUUCCUUUUUCUUAAUGAAAAGUUAUUUCAAUUAUAGUUUUUACGAAUUGAGAUGUGUAUAUGUGUAUAUCAUAUUUCUUCUCCCACCUGUAUCAGUUUAUCAUUGUUGAAAAUACAGGAUUGAGAGUAGUGAGGUGAGCAGUUCUCGAGCUAAUUGGUAGAAAUAUUGAAAAUACAUCAAAAUUAAUUCAUUUUGCAAUGAAUCUUUGGAUAUUAUUUUAUGUGUUGGGGGCUAAUUUCAUCCAACUUUUCGCUGAUUAUGAAUAUUCAAGUAUUGGAAAACAUAACCAGAACAUGAGACAAAAACGCCAAUCUUCAGAUAAUAACGAAGUAAACAGUGAAUUUCCAUCCAAUACACAAAAUGUCAAUCAAGAACCAUGGAAUUUUAAUGACGAUGAAGAUGCUAUCGUAUUUGAUGAUGAUGAUUUUAAUUUAAGAAGGACCUUUACAAGACAAGUUACCUUCGAACAGUUUAGUCAGACUUCACAAAAUAUCCAAGAAAAUAGUCCCUCAACAGUUCCAACGAUACUGAUUCCAGCAGUAACUAGUAGAAGAGGUCCACGAUGUGAAGAAACUUGUCCAUCUACGACAGAGUACAAUCCAGUUUGCGGAGACGACAAUGUAACCUAUCCGAAUUUUGGAAAACUGCAAUGUGCUGCUAGAUGUGGUAGAAGUGUAAGUCUUCAGUUUAGGGGUGCAUGCCUCACCCGACCUCGUGGAAGAUGAUUUUACCAUAUAUUAAUUACAUCGAUGAAUUGGAAGAAUCUAAUAUAAAUAGCUUUUUGAAAAAAUUUUGUUUACAAU